UCUUCUCCUUGUCCCAGUCCUUCCCAUAAGGAAAAAACAGAGCAAAAAGAAAAACCCACCAAGAGAGAAGACAAUGAUAAGAAACCCAACUCAUCAAGGAGGAGAUCAAAUGCUUCUCCUCCCUCGUCCAUUCUACUCUGAAGGUUUCUUGUACAAGCCAGUGGCUGCUCCACCUGAAGGGGAGAAGAAACCACGUCGAAGGAGAAAGAGGAGCAGAGGAGGAGAAGCUGCAGAUAUGGCUGCAAGGAAGAGGAAGUUAAGUGCUGAGCAAGUUAAUCUUUUAGAGAUGAACUUUGGGAAUGAACACAAGUUAGAGUCUGGAAAGAAGGAUCGUUUGGCUUCAGAGCUUGGUCUAGACCCAAGACAGGUUGCUGUUUGGUUCCAAAACCGCAGGGCUAGAUGGAAGAACAAGAAACUUGAAGAAGAGUACUCUAAACUCAAGACUGCUCAUGAGACUAUUCUCAUGGAGAAAUGUAGCCUUGAAGCUGAGGUGCUGAAGCUCAAAGUGAAUAUGUCAGAGGCAGAGAAAGAAAUUAGGAGGCUUUCAGAGCGUUCUGAUGGGGUAUCUAGUGGCAGCCCUGCAAGUUCUUCUUUCUCCAUGGAUGCUGAUCCACAGUUUCUUGGUGGAUUUGGGGUAGAGGGAUUUGAUAAUCUGUUUUAUGGACCUGAAAACUACUUAUAUGCAUGGGAUUGACUGAGUGAAUUGUAUGAUUUGUGAUUAUUAUAUAUUUUUUUUUCUUCUAAUUAAUCAUGUAAAUAUAUAUCUGACUUUUUAGUGUAAAGCAUCAUCUAGUAGUUCCCUAUAA